UUCAAUCGUCACCAGAGAGUUUCCUAACCUCCAGAACCUCACGUGUCCUUCCGAACUCUCACGUGUGCUCCACCAACACUCGGUGUUUACCAAAAAAAUUGGAUAAAAUGUGAAUCCCUACUGAAAACCAGUGGUGAUUUAAUUAACAUUGGAAUUUUUUUAAAAACAAUUACCUGGAGUGACAUCAAUUAAAACCAGUAAAGUCUUCUUCGAGACUUCAAAAAUAUUGUACUAUAGAUAUUGAAGUAAAAAAAACCUGUCGACAUAUAAUAAAAUAAAAUAAAGCAUACAAUAGUUAAUUUUUUUAAAAGCAAUAGACAUGGGGUCCAAGUUUGGUUUAUCCUCAGAUAACAGUGCAAAGCACCUGUACCCGAAGAGUCUAAUCUUCUCAGUCUUCACAGCUGAGGACAUAAAAAAUCUGAGUGUGGUGAAAAUUUGCACUCCAUUAUCCUUCAAUGUCCUGGGGCAUCCUCUUCGAGGGGGCCUGUACGACCCCUGCCUGGGGCCCCUAAAUGACCACUCGGACCCCUGUGGCACCUGCGGGGAGAACGUUUACACCUGCACCGGACACUUUGGUCACAUCGAGCUGCCGGUGGUGGUGGUCAAUCCCCUCUUCCACAAGGUCCUCUGCAAUGUCAUAAAACUCUCCUGCCUCAGCUGCUUCACACUCCAGAUACCAGCGCACGUUAAAAUCCUCCUGGCUGCCAAAUUAAAGCUGAUAAACGAGGGCUUUUACACUGACCUGGAGGGAAUUGAUCAGGAAGUCUCGUCAAUUCUGGCUGAACCUGGAGUUGGAAGCGAGGGUCAGGCGCAGCUGGUGCGCGAGGCCAUCGAGGUUUAUGUGAAAAAUCUCCAGAGAAGACGAAAACUCGAGAAAAUCUGUGACGACGAUCUCCAGGUCAACACAAAGAACGUCAAUACUCUGUGGCAGAUUCAUAUCGAGUCUGCCCUCAAGCAGUACAAACCUGGGAAAAUCUGUCUCUACUGUCGAUUCCCAAUCCCCAAGGUUUCCAUUCUAAAGAAUAGGAUAAUGAUUAAUAACCCAGGAAUGAUCAACGAUGAGCAACAGGCCGUUGUCCAGAAGACUCAGAGUAUCCUGUUGAUGCCAGAUCAGUCCAGGAAGUACCUGAGACGGAUUUGGAAUAAUGACAUGGAAAUAUUAAACGUGAUAGUGCCCUGUCUCACUGGUUUAUCCAUCGAAUACCCCGUGGACGUCUUCUUCUUCGAAGUAAUUCCAGUGCUUCCACCAGUGGUGCGUCCAGUGAAUUUCCUGGAUGGACAGCUGCUGGAGCACCCGCAGACCCAAGUGUACAAGCACAUAAUGCAGGACUGCCUGGUCCUCAGGAACAUCAUCCAAACGAUUCAAGACGGUGAUACCAGUCAACUCCCCGAAGAGGGAAAACUCGUCUUCGAGACAAUUCGAGGUGCAACACCCCUGGAGAAGCUCCACAACGCGUGGUCAGCACUCCAGGGUAACGUCGAUCAUCUGAUGGACAGGGACAUGUCGAAGACAUCAGAAUCGAUGACAUGUCAGGGGUUAAAGCAGAUAAUCGAGAAGAAAGAGGGAACAAUCAGGAUGCACAUGAUGGGAAAACGUGUAAAUUUCGCUGCCAGAUCAGUGAUAACUCCAGAUCCAAAUUUGAACAUCGACGAAAUUGGAAUUCCUGAGGCAUUCGCCCUGAAACUCACGUACCCAGUGGCAGUGACACCCUGGAACGUAGCAGAGUUGAGGGAACUCGUGAUGAAUGGUCCUGACCAGCAUCCAGGGGCUGUGAAGAUCGAGGGAGAGGACGGCCACGUCAGGAGAAUAAAUCCCUUAGACAGAGUCAGCAGGGAGGCAAUAGCCAAAAGACUCCUGACGGAGGGCCACAAGAACCAGAAAUCUUUUCAGGGCGUCAAGAUCGUUCACAGGCACCUCCAGAAUGGUGACAUUCUCCUCCUGAAUCGUCAGCCAACCCUCCACAAACCCUCGAUCAUGGCACACAAGGCGAGAAUUCUCAAGGGAGAGAAAACUCUUCGUCUACAUUACUCAAACUGCAAAGCCUACAACGCUGAUUUUGAUGGGGACGAGAUGAACGUUCAUUUUCCCCAGAACGAUGUAGCCAGGGCUGAGGGCUACUUUAUAGCUAAUGUCUCCAAUCAGUACCUCGUCCCCAAGGAUGGAACACCCCUGGGGGGUCUCAUUCAGGAUCACGUGAUAUCUGGAGUACGUCUGACUCUUCGAGGAAAAUUUCUCUCGAAGCAGGAUUACAUGCAGCUGGUGUACGCAGGACUUUACGAUCAUCGAGGGGACAUUCAAAUUCUUCCCCCGACGAUUAUAAAACCUGUCGAGCUCUGGUCCGGGAAGCAGGUUCUCUCCACGAUCAUCAUCAACAGCAUUCCGAAGGGAAAAGCCAGGAUCAAUCUAACAGCUGGUGCUAAGAUCCCAGCGAAGUCCUGGGAGACCUCUCCACCGAGAAAAUGGAGACAGGGAACCGAAUUUUCUGAUCCCAAGACCAUGUCAGAGGCUGAGGUCAUCAUCAGGAAAGGAGAGUUACUCUCUGGGGUUUUGGAUAAAACUCACUACGGGGCGACUCCCUACGGACUCAUCCACUGCAUGUACGAGUUGUACGGUGGUCCCUGUUCCUCGAAAGUCCUCAGUGCCUUUGGAAAAGUCUUCCAGUCCCACCUCCAGCUCUGUGGAUUUACCCUGGGUAUCGAGGACAUCCUGGUCCUCCCUGACAGCGACAAGAAGCGACGUGAGAUCAUCGACCGGUGCAGGAAAAUCGGUGAUGACGUACAGAGGUCAGCUGUAGAGCUCCCUGAGGACACCCCCAGGGACGUCGUCCUCGAGAAAAUGCAGGAGAAUCAUUGGAAGAAUAAGAGGUUUCGAGGGCUCGUCGACAGGAAGUACAAAACUGCUCUGGAUCCAUUUACCAAUGAGAUCAAUAAGACGUGUCUGCCUGCGGGGCUCAGGAAGAAAUUCCCAGAGAAUAAUUUACAGCUGAUGGUGACCUCUGGGGCUAAGGGAUCAACUGUCAAUACUAUGCAGAUUUCCUGUCUUCUGGGGCAGAUUGAACUCGAGGGGAAGAGGCCACCCCUGAUGAUCAGUGGAAAGUCUCUACCCAGUUUUCCACCUUAUGACUCAUCACCUAGGGCUGGGGGCUUCAUCGAUGGCAGAUUUAUGACUGGAAUUCAGCCACAGGAGUUCUUCUUUCAUUGUAUGGCAGGACGUGAGGGACUAAUUGACACUGCUGUCAAGACUAGCAGAUCUGGAUACCUCCAGAGAUGUCUCAUUAAACAUCUGGAGGGUUUGACUGUCGGGUAUGACUCCACUGUGAGGGACUCUGAUGGCAGUCUCGUGCAGAUGUAUUAUGGAGAGGAUGGCCUCGAUAUUCUCAAGUCCAGGUUCCUCCGGAGUGAGCAGAUGGAGUUUCUAGUGGAGAACAGAGAGGCCAUCGUCGAUGAGGAACUGGUGGAAAGACUCAAAGAGACCAGUGAUACCAGGAAUAUUCAGAAGAUGAGGAAGAGACUGAGGAAGUGGAAGAGCAAACAUGGGGAGGAAUUCAAGAAGCGCAGAAUGAGUGGAUUCACCCUUUUUUCGGAGGAGUUGGCAGGAAGUGGAGGAAAAUUCAGUGUCAUUGAUCCGAAUAUUGGGAGGAGCAAAGGGUCUUUGUCCUUGACGAGAAAGUGGAUUCGAGCUGAUGAGGAGGUGAAGAAGUCCUUCGAGCGAAAAAUCCCCAGGUGUCCAGAACCUCUGACCUCGAUAUAUCGUCAGGACAUUCACUUUGGGGUUCUCUCAGAGCACCUGGAGGAGCUCGUGGAAGAGUACCUGAAGUCAAGAGCGGGUAAAAACUGUGGUAAUGAGGUGUCGAGGGAUGAUAUCAGGGAUAUGCUGUCCUGUAAAGUGAUGAGGACCUUCUGCCCACCUGGAGAGGCUGUGGGUCUCCUCGCAGCUCAGUCUAUUGGUGAACCCUCCACCCAGAUGACACUGAAUACUUUCCAUUUUGCGGGUCGUGGAGAGAUGAACGUGACCCUCGGUAUUCCUAGACUCCGGGAGAUCCUCAUGAUGGCGUCGAAGAACAUCAAGACACCUAGCAUGGAGAUCCCCUUCAGAAAUGACCUCAGGAACAUCCAGAAACAGUCCAACAAGUUGAAGUUGAAACUCACCCGGUGCGUUCUGUCCGAUGUCGUCAGGACAAUUAAAAUCGACAGGAAGAUGGAAACUGGUCUGAAUAGACAGCUUGAGUACACCCUGACGAUUCAGUUUCUUCCACACAAAAAUUACAAACACGAGUUCAACGUCAGUCCCAAGGAGGUCCUGGAGAGAACGGAAACGGGUUUUUUCAAGCUGAUGUUCAGAGAGAUAAAGAAGAUAGCGAAAGUAUCAGGGACUCUUCUGCAUGUGGAAGACGAGAAGAAGAGGAAUGCAGUGCAGGAGGACUCGAUGCUGGACGAGGCUGAGGAUGAGGGGUCUGUCAGGAAGAUUAAGCAAGACUUUGGGGAGGAGCACGAGUCAUCUGAUGAGGAUGAGGCACCUGAGGAUGAGGAUGCUACUGCUGCCAGGAGCAAGUUCAGGCAUCAGGAGAAUCGAGAGUACGAUGAUCCUGAGGAGGAGGAGGUAAUCAAUGACGAGGAGGACGACGACGAUGAGGACAGGAAGAUGGCAGCUCCUGAGGAGGAGAUCGAUGACGAGAUUGAGAUGAUCGAUCUUGCAGAUCAGGCAGCUGCUGACCAGAGGAAGAUUGACGUAACGAAUAUGUACAGUUAUGCAUUGGAGUAUGAUUUUGAUGCGGGCAAAUUCCUCUGGUGCAGAUUCAAGUUUUGGCUGCCUCUGAAGAUGAUUAAGAUCGAUCUGCCAACGAUUCUUAAAACUGUUGCAGGAAAAGUUGUCCUGUGGGAGACACCUGCCAUCAAAAAAGCGUUUACUUUUCCUAAUUCCAAGGGGGAGACUGUUCUCAAGACCGAUGGAAUCAAUAUUGUGGAAAUGUUCAAGUAUGAUAGGGUGUUGGAUAUCCGGAAACUGUAUUCCAACGAUAUUUAUGGAAUUGCACAGACCUAUGGCAUCGAGGCUGCCAACAAGGUCAUUGUUAAGGAGGUCAAAGACGUUUUCAAAAUGUAUGGCAUCACUGUGGACUCUAGACAUCUCUCUCUCAUUGCUGAUUAUAUGACUUUUGAUGGCACCUUCCAGCCCAUGAGCAGAAAGGGCAUGGAGAAUUCCGCUUCUCCACUCCAGCAGAUGAGCUUCGAGAGCUCGUUGACGUUCUUGAAGACUGCCACGUUGCAAGGCAAGAGAGAUGAUUUAACGUCACCUUCGAGUCGUUUGAUGCUUGGACAGCCGUGCAAAACUGGCACUGGGGCAUUCGACGUUUUCCUGAAGAUGUCAUCAGCGUUGAAACCAAUCAAGUCAUCCCUGUAGUCAGAAGUAUCACUGACUUAUUGUACAUUUCACGUAUUUUUAAGGAUUUCGAUGAUUUUAUUGCAACGAUAAAUUUAAACGCCAGUUAUGAUUUCUUAUUUUAUUAUUCCAUCGUGUAUAUUUCGAGAGGCCAAGUACAUCAAUCAAAUUGUGAUACUAAAAUGAGUGGAAACAACGCAGCGAUAAUUAUUUGCUAUUUCUUAUUCAUGUUCAAACUCAUGCUCACAGUCUUCUAGAAUGAAAAUAGGCUAGCAAAUUCGGUGUCCGAAAA